AUGUCUCAAAAAGGCAUAGAUAUAAGGAAGAAGUGCCCUGAAGGAAAAAGUCUUGGUACCUGUCAAGAUGAUUCUCAGGUUGAGGCAAAAAGAGGAAGGCUUAGGGAUGUUGAUAAUAGAGAGACAGGCUACAGAUAUUGCAGACAUAAGAACGACACAGAAGGAGUAGUGAUAAACAAUCUUAGUUAUGGUAACCAGCCCCUUAAAAUAGAAAAUGGUGGAGGUGGAGAACCUACUUUAUUCUCCGAUAUACACCCUAAGGUAUGGGAAGUAACAACUUACUACUCUUUUGAACAUGAUAAUGGUAAGACAACUAUAAAAGUUCCUCUUGCACUCAGAGUACGAAGUAAAACUGACGAAGAUAGCGACAAUGUUACUUGGUAUGAAAAUAUGGGCGGAGGUAAUACAUUAUGGAAGAGUAUUACUAGCACAAAUGACUUUCCUACUAGUGACGCAGGGAAAGGUGGAAACAAGUUCACUAAGAAGCUAGAUAAUCUCACUUGCAAACUCCACAAUCUUCAUAUCGUCAACAUCCAUAGGACAAAAGACUAUAGAUGUGCAUGCACUCAGGCCAAUGUCACAGUUAUUCCUGAACCGAGUACCGAUGGGUAUAUCAAAUACAGGCAUGAAUACAAGACUGACGUAAACACUGUUAGAUACAAGCAUGUAAUCCUUGAAGAUGAGGAUGGGUAUGGACCCAUUGAACUCACUCUUAAGGAUACUCCUAGCCUCUCUGCCUACUACUGGGGAAAAGAUGAAGAACGUAGAAAGCCACUACUAAUGGAAGUAACUCUUGGAGGAAAUUUUGAAGGUUUAAAAACUACAGUUCCUGUUAGUAACAACGGGGAUCCUUAUAAUAGUAAAUGGACUAUAAUGGAUCCUGGACCUGUAUCUGAGAAAAAACUUAAAGAGCUAAAGUGCAAACUUUUCAGACCCGCAGAGAUAGAUGUCUCAGUCUGUGACACUAGAGAAUAUGACAACCCAUACUAUAAAAAUGAGAUGGAUGGAAAUUGUCCUAAUGCUACCUGUCCUGGUAAAAUACAAGUUAAAGGUUGCGAUGGUUCUCCAUAUGGGUUACAAAACUAUACUGCUAAGAAGCACACAUAUGGGCAAGGUAGCUUUACCGUAACCGGUUUCACCGGGAAACCUGAAAUAUACGAGAAAGAACUCCCGAUAUGGGACGUGACGGAACUAGUAGUAUUUUUUCCAAAAUUUAACGGAGACAAAACUGCUACAAAUACGCAUGUCCUGGUCUAUGUCAGCAGUAAUGGUGGGAAGACUAAGAAGUGGUACAUUGGGGUUAGCAGGGGUAAGAAUGGUGAUAUUGAGUCUCCAGAAGAGUAUGAAUUACGAAGCAGAAUUCAACAUGAAGUUAGUCGUAUUGAAGAUACUCUGAAGACUGUUAAACAACAAGAAACAGCACAUUCUGAAGAACAUGGAGAACAAGGAUCUUAUGAACAAGAUUCUGAAUCCCAAGAAGAAGAUGUUGAUGAAGAGGCUUCUACAGUACCUCAAGAUCCAGAACAUCUUGGACAGAAUGGAGUUCAACGUGAAGAAGUCCCAGCUGCUGACUUAUCUGACCAAGUUCCUGAUACAGAGUCUGAGACUAAGAUUCUCCUAGGUCAACCUGGUACAGGUAAUGGAGAUCAAAAACCCGAAACUGCUGGCUCUAUACCUCUUGAACAAACUGUUAAUACAUCUCCCAUACAAGAUCCUCUUCCUAUCUCUCAACCCCCUGUUCAUCCUCAAGGUAUAGGUACUUACAAUACUGCUUCUGGCUCUGAAUCUCUUCAAGAUGUAGAAUCUACUCUCCCAUCUGCCAAAGCUGGUUCUUCUGAACAAACACAGACUGGUAGAGAAGGUAGUGAAGGAGAAGUUUCUCCUAGUGGAGCUGGUACUCCUACUAUUGUUCCACACCAUUCUCCUGCACCUCCUAUUCAACAUGCUCCUGGAGUUCCUAAUGGUGAUGAAGCUGGUAAAGCUAAAGUAGGUUCUUAUAGAGAACUAUGGAAUGCGGCUAGUGAAGCAGUAUGUCUUGGAUCAGCCGUAGCUAGCGCAGUUCUACCCGUUAUCGUCCCCGCAGCUGGACUAGCUGGACUUUAUGCCACGAGUACAGCUAUUAAACUUGCCAAGAAUGGUCUUGUUAGUACUACUGAAGGUGGAACUACUCCUGAACCUACUACUACCCCUGCUCAACAAAAACUUGAAGGACCUCAAAAAGAAGCCCAAACUCAACAACUCAAACCUGAAGCUCCUGCUCAACAACAACCUGGUCAUGGCUCUUCUCUUGACUCUCAUCAAAACUCUUCUGGAAACUCUAAUCCUACUACUAAUAUUAUUGUCUCUGUCUCUACAGCCGUUCUUGGCACUUCUGCCUUGACCUUUGGAAGAAUUUUGGCAAAUUUUGACAUUCCAUCUACACUCAAGAGUAUCAUUAGGACAUCUCUAUUCAUUUCUUCAGUUUACUCAUCGGUCCCAUUCCUAUCGCAAAUCCUUUUUUCAUCAAUUUAUCUCACGUUUGUAAAAAAGAACCAGCUAAACAUCCACUACUUUAUCCGCUACAACUUUCUUCAGGGUUUAAUAUUGUCGACGUUUCAACAAGUGAUGUCAAUGUUAUUUCUAAACGUUUAUCCUCUUCACAUUUACGACGAUUUCGUCUCACAAGUUCUCUUUUUCACGGCCCUGUUUACCUCUUAUGGUUCGGUGCUAUACUCUGGUAUAUUCGCGCUCAUUGGCAAAUUUCCAGAUCUGCCAAUUCUCUCAGACGCCGUAAAAAUGCACAUUGGAGACUGA